AUGAGGGUUCAGGAAGUUGCAGAUGAAGUAGCGUCACUGCAUAAACGUUUGGAGGAAUCGCAGAAUCAAAUUGCACUAUUGGUGGCUCAGAUGCAGCAAAUGAAUGAUUCUAUGGUGGCUUUGCAAUCGCGUUCGCAAGUUUCACAGGAGAGUCAACAGGAAUCAGUGAUGCAGUCACUGUCGUCCGAAGGGGGAAAUUUUCACAAUGAUAGAGGAAACAAAGAGGUUGUGGAUCCACGCUCGUUGUUGAAGUUUGUGAAGAUGGAAAUUCCAUUAUUUGAUGGUACAAACCCAGAUAAUUGGAUUUUCAAAAUAGAACUGUUCUUCGAUUUGCAGAGAGUUCCACCAGAGUUGAAGGUACAAUUAGCCGGUUUGAGGAUGGAUGGUACGGCUUCCUCGUUGUUCCAAUGGAAAUUUCGGAGUGGCACUGUUCGUUCGUGGACAGACUUCGUUACAGCUUUGUGUCAAUGCUUUGGAGUCUUACCACAGAAGCAUGUAACGGGUAAUCUUUCCAAAUUAUCCCAACAAGGAACAAAGAAGGGUCCAUAUCGUGCUUUUCACUCCAAUGAGACAACCAGUGGAACAAUUACGGGUUUAGCCACUUCUGUUGCUUCCAAUGCAGUAUCCUCAACAGCAAAUACAUCUUCAGCAGUACCAAAAAUUCCAUUCAGGAAAUUGUCGAAUGAGGAGAUGAGCCGUAAGAGGGAGUUGGGUUUGUGUUUCACUUGUGAUGACAAAUGGACCUCUAAACAUAGGUGUCCUAGUAAAAUGUUACUCAUGGUGGGUGAGGAUCUAGAUGAAGAUGGGGAAGAGGAAGAAAACAUGGUUUGGAAUUCACAAGGCUUGGUGAAAGAGGAUGCAGCCUUACAUUCCUUGUCAGGAGGCACAUUCAAUAAGGCUUUCCAAUUUUUAGCUCACAUACAUGGGAAAGCCAUACCUAUUCUGGUUGAUACGAGAAGUACGCAUAAUUUUGUCAAAACAGAAUUAGCCAAUGAGUUGGGGUUACAUAUGACUCGUAUUAAAAGGAUGAGAGUAUUCCUUGGCAAUGGGGAAUUUAUGCUCUGUGACCAUAAAUGCAGAGAGGUACACAUGUGGAUACAUGGAGAGGAGUUUGUAGUUGAUUUAUGGGUGUUGAACCUUGAGAAGCUGGAUUUGAUUUUGGGAAUAUGCUGGUUGGAGCAGUUAGGCAAAGUGACACAUGAUUACCAUCAAAUGGAAAUGGAGUUCAAAUGGAAGGACAAAGAUGUUCAACUUACAGCUCUAAAAACAACAGCUGACAAAGAAUUAAUCCAGCAUGACCAAGCUGAGUAUUGGGCAAUGCAACAGGAGGCACCACCAUCAACUACCAAUGAGGUCAGUGCAGAAUUAUUACUUUUAAAGCCUACUGUUAAUGAGUUGUUGUGGCCAAUUCUUUUGCAAUACCAAUCUGUUUUCACUAUUCUAAGAGAAUUGCCACCCUUUCGAGACACAGUACAUGCAAUUCAUUUAGAGCAGGGAGUGAAACCAGUCAAUGUGAGACCAUAUUGUUAUGGACAUCAUCAGAAAGAGGAAAUUGAAAAACAAGUUUCUGAUUUACUUGAAUCUGGAUUCAUUAAGCCAAGUAACAGUCCUUAUUCCUCCCCAAUCUUACUGGUAAAGAAGCAAGAUAAUUCAUGGCGUAUAUGUAUGGAUUACAGAGCAUUAAAUAAAAUCACAAUUCGGGAUAGAUUUCCAAUGCCAACAAUAGAUGAAUUGAUGGAUGAAUUGGAUGGAUCAGCUAUAUUCUCCAAACUCGAUCUGAGAGCUGGAUAUCAUUAA